AUGAGGCCCUUCCUGUCUCAGUUCCUGGUGCCUGGUUCUGACCACUUUGCCCUGCUGGCAGGGCAGAUCCUCCAACAGGUCACGCCCGCAGUGUCGGGGGUCUAUAAGGCACCUCCCCAGGACAGGCCCCUGCUCCUCUUCGGUGAUGCGGACUGGUGGGUGGGCGUCUACGUCGAAUACAAGUUCCGGACCCCUAUCCCUGCACAUCUCCAAGGCCUGGCCAAUCACCUGGCCCAAAACAUAACAGAUCCCACCCUCCAGAAAUUCAGCCUCAUGGCCAAUGGGGAGAAGGCGGAGCUGGCAUUGUAUGAGAUACAGCUGCAGAUCCUGGGCCAGCCCUUCACCAAGGCCUUGAUGGACAGAACAAGUCCCGAGUUCUGGGAGCUUCAGGGGCAGCUGACGAGAUGGGUGAAGUGA